AACAUCACUCCUUCUUACUCAACUUGGUCUCUUCCCAUCUUCUUUUAUUUCAGGUCCUAGGUGUGGCACAGAGAGAGCUAGUCCAGUCUAAGCAACUGGUUAUUUAGGGUGAUCUUAGCUAUCACAAGCAAGAGGUCCAACGGCUCUGGCUAGCUGUGUGGAUCACACGUUACUCGUCUGCCUCGGGACUGUGCAGUGGCUCUGCGUCCACUCCAUCCGUCUUACAAAAGUGGCUUCUUCGAUUCAGAGAGGACAUUCACUCCCCUUGCAGACGCUCUAGCCACGAAAUGGAUUCAGUGGUCUUUGAGGACGUAGCUGUGGAAUUUACUGAGGAGGAGUGGGCCUUGUUGAAUAUGUCUCAGAGGAACCUCUACAGAGAUGUGAUGAUGGAAACCGUUAGUAACCUAGAUUCAGUUAAAAUUAUUGGGUCAGUUUUUAAACAGGAUAAUAGUGGACAAACGUUUUCCAUGAAGAAAGAUUCCUGGCCCACCAUGUUAGACAUGUAUGCAUUUCAUGGCAUUGAACAUCAGCGCCUUGACCCCGGAAGCCAUGGAAGAAUGUAUACAGUAGAGAACCUCUGUGAAACUAAAGAUGAUAAAGAAAACAAACUUGAAGAAAGUAAUCAAGCUGAAAAAGCUUUCAACUGGAUCGGGAAUCUUACCAGCCUCCAAGCAGUGCCCACUGGAGUAAAUCCUUUCGAACACCUAGAGUAUGAAAAACCUUUUGUGGAUCAUUCAUUGUUUGAUCAUCACAUCAUAUCUCAUACUGGGUGCACACCUUAUUAUAAGGAAUGUGGAGAAGACUGUGGUUGUCCUUCCUACCUAAAACUCUGCAUGAGAGAGAACGUUUGUAAAUGUAAAGAUUAUGGGGAAUCUUGUACCUGUUCCUUACCUGUCACUAAACAUAUAAGAUCACACAGUGGAGAAAGACGUUAUGAAUGUAAGGAGUGUGGAAAGGCUUUUAGUUAUCUCUCAAGCCUCACGAGACAUAUAAGAACUCACAGUGGAGAGAGACUUUAUGAAUGUACAAAAUGUGGUAAGGCUUUUACUCGUUCCUCAUCCCUUGCAGCACAUAUAAGAUCUCACAAUGGAGAGAGACCUUAUGAAUGUAAGGAAUGCGGGAAAGCCUUUAGUUGUUCCUCCUCUGUCACUAUACACAUGCGAACUCACAGUGGAGAGAGGCCUUAUGAAUGUGAGGAAUGUGGAAAAGCCUUUAGUUGUUCCUCAUCUCUCAUUACUCAUAGAAGAUCUCACAGUGGAGAGAGACCUUAUGAAUGUAAAGAAUGUGGAAAAGCCUUCAGCCGGUCCUCCCACCUCAGGACCCAUUUAAGAACUCACAGUGGAGAAAGGCCUUACGAAUGUAAGGAAUGUGGGAAAACCUUUAGUCGGUCCUCACACCUCACUAGCCAUAUAGGGACACACAGUGAAGAGAGGCCUUAUGAAUGCAAGGAAUGCGGGAAAGCCUUUAAACAGUUUGCACAACUUACUAGACAUGUAAGAGUUCACAGUACAGAGAAGCCUUUUGAAUGUAAGGAAUGUGGAAGAACCUUCAGUCAGUUUUCAUAUCUCACCGGUCAUAUGAGAUCUCACAAUGGAUAUCGGCCUCAUGAAUGCAAAGAGUGUGGGAAAACCUUUACUCGAUCUGCACACCUCACGACCCACAGAAGAAUGCACAGUGGAGAGAAACCCUAUCAAUGUAAGGAAUGUGGGAAAGCCUUUUUUCGGUCUUCACACCUCACCGACCAUGUAAGAUCUCACAGUGGAGAGAAGCCUUACGAAUGUAAGGAAUGUGAGAAAGCCUUUAGUUGUUUCUCAUCCUUCCGUAAACAUGUGAGAACUUACCAUGAAGAUUGGCCUUACAGCAAGAAAUGUAGGAAAGUCUUACGUCAGUUCUCACACAUCACUGACCGUAUAACAUUUCAGGAUGAAUUGCCGUGCAGUGAAUUGCUACCAUAUAGCCUUUCUAGUUAUGAUCUUGUAACUCCCACAAAAUGACGGAGUGAGACAGUGAAAAUAAGGUGCAUGGAUUGUAGGGUGUUAGUCAAUUUUGCCAUCCCACUAGAUUUAAAGAAGAGUCGGUGCCAGAGUGUGGUAGGAUGUCUCCACUAUCAUCAAGAAAAUACUCCAGCAAUGGAGCAUGUCCUUUGGACCGAUGGUCCCUCCACUAAAAAACAUUAAUACCACAAGAGGAACAACAUGAGGCAGUAAGAAGUGAUGGCAAACAUGACCUAGAAACAGCAGCCAAAUCAGAUCUGCACAAGAUUUUAUGAUAGGCUUUGAGAAGCAACCACAGUGGGCUUGCUAACAUAGAGCACUAUCAAACAGGAGACCAGUUGGUGGGGAGAAGUGUCUUUGGGUAUUUAUUGGUGGAGUUCAGCUUGUCUACCCACUAAGAAGACACUCAAAUCCAUCUCCUGGUGGGCCUUCCUCUUGGCUGUAUCAAUGGCAUCAAGCAUAGGAACAGUUAUAAGGAUGGCAUGGCACUGGGCAAUGUGUAUGGUUACUGGGUCGGAACCAAUCUGAUGGCACCUAACAACUGCAGCCAUCUUAUGAGGCUUUCUAGCAGAGAAGGUACCUCUGGUACUUACUGGGGAGACUCGAGAGCUGUAAUACUUGCCAAUCAGUGCACAGUCUGUGGUAGAGACCAGGGACCAGCACUAGCAAGACCUAGUGGCAGAAGCUAAGAACUUUAUUCUGAGUUCUUGUUAUCUCCAUGUUAAUCCCAAUCCUGAAUUGUAACUUGUUACUUCCGUAAUAAAUCUCCUUAAUCAUGUG